AUGCAGUACGACAGGAAGAAGGAUUUUAUAGGAAAAGGUGCAUCCGGUUCAGUGUUUUGUGGUACAUUUAACGAUCAAAAGGUAGCCAUCAAACGGAUUGAGCUGGUUGGUGAACCAGACAACUUUCUUGACAACGAGCUUAAAGCUCUCCAGCAGAUAGACCAUGCGAACGUUGUCAAACUAUUUCAUUUCGAAAGCGAUGAUACCUUCAAAUAUUUUGCUUUGGAAUUUUGCGACGCAUCAUUGGAUCAGCUUUUCUUUAAAUCGGGCGAUCCUAAGAAAUAUAAAGGACCUAUACCACUCCCUAUCGAAAUGUUUCUCCAUUUAGCUUCAGGCCUUGCCUAUAUCCAUUCGCGGGAUUUUACUCAUCGAGAUAUUAAACCGGCAAACAUUCUGAUUUCUCUCAAAAAAACUGACCAAGGUCAACAGGCAACGAUGAAGUGGGGUGAUUUUGGAUUAUGCCGACCCGUGAAUGAACGAGGAACAUUCACAAUGAGUGGAAUCAAGGGAACUCUAUCUUGGUUAGCUCCUGAAUUGUACGACUUAAUGGAAAGCAACGGCGACGGCCAACGGGGUACAGUUAAUAGCGAUGUCUUCGCAGAAGGCCUCGUCUUUGGUUACAUUCUCUUGAAUGGAAUACAUCUCUACGGUUCGGAUGAUGAACUUAUGACGAACAUCAAACAAAAUAAACCGAUUAAUAUGGAGAAGAUUCACAAUUUGCAUUGGGCACGCAGUUUGUUAACGCAAAUGUUGACCACUAAACCUAAUGAGAGGAUCGCAUCAGGAGAUGUCGUUACUAAACUUCAAACCAUUGAAGCGAAUCGCGGUAUCAAUGUAACAUCAACGGACGAAAAAGGGUUGAACGCUCUACAUUGGGUGUGUGCAAACAAUUCAAACUCAAACUUAAUGGGAGAAAUCGAGUUGUUAAUUCAAACAGGAAUCGACGUGAACGCAACGAGCAACAACAAAUGGAACGCACUCCACGUUUUGUGUGCACACAAUUCAAGCCCGCAUUUAAUUGAUACAAUCAGAUUGUUAAUCAAACUCGGCAUCGACGCGAAUGCAAAGGAAAAGGACGGAUGGAACGCGAUCCAUUUACUCUGUCGAUUUAAUUCCAACAAAAAUUUAUUCACCGUGGUUAGAUUUUUAAUUGAAGUCGGAGUCAACAAAAAUGCAACGACAGAUGACGGAUUAAGCAUAUUUCACACCUUGUGUGCAACACAAUCAAGUUCAAACCCAACUGACGCAAUCGAACUUUUGAUCCAAGAUGGAAUCAGUAUUAAUGUAAGGAGCAAAGACGGAUGGAACGUACUACAUACUUUGUGUGCAAACAAUUCAAGCUCAAUAUUGAUAGACGCAAUCAAAAAAUUAAUCCAACUCGGAAUCAACGUCAACGCAAAGAGCAACAGCGGAUUAAACGCUCUACACGCCUUGUGUGCAAAAAAUUCAAGUUCAAAUUUAGUUGCCGCAACCCAGGUUUUAAUUGAACUCGGAAUCGACAAGAACGCCAAGGACAAGGAUGGAUUUAACGUCCUCCAUUUUCUGUGUGCAAACAAUUCAAAUCAGAACUUAAUUGAUGCGAUCACCUUUUUCGUUGAAGAAGGAAUCGAUAUCAAUUCAAAGAGAAGGAACGGAUGGAACGCACUCCACACUCUGUGUGCAAACAAUUGCAGUCCAUACUUGGUUGAAACCAUCAAGUUGUUGAUAAAACUCGGAAUCGACACAAAUGCAAAGAGCAACAAAGGACUGAGCGCAUUACACGUUUUGUGCGCGCAUAAUUCAAGCCCAUAUUUAACUGAUGCAAUCACAUUCUUAAUCCAAAACGGAAUGGAUAGGAAUGCAAUAGACAAAGACGGCUUUAACGCACUCCAUACUUUAUGCGCAUACAAUUUAAGCCCAAAGUUUACUGACGCUAUCCUAUGCUUAAUGCAACACAAUAUUGCCAAGGAUGCAAAGAUCAAUAACGGAUGGAACAUUUUACAUGUUAUGUGCGCAAAUAACCCAAAUCCAAACAUAGCCAAAGUAAUUCACCCCUUAAUCAACUACGCCGCGGAUGUUAAGGGCGAAGAGGGGCACAACAUACUUCAUGCAUUGUGCAUUAAUAAUGUAAAUCCAAACUUAGUUGCUCUAAUCGAUUACAUAAUAAGUUUGGGAAUCCAUGUCAACGCAAAAGACGAAGAGGGGCAUAACGUGCUCCAUACACUAUGUGCAAACAAUUCAUCUUCAAAUUUAGUCGGAGCAAUCGAGCGUUUAGUUAAAAAAGGAAUAGCUGUGAAUGCAACAAACGAAGACGGGCAAACCGCUCUCCAUUACUUGUGUGCGAAACAUUCAAGCAAACAUUUAAUUGAAGCCAUCAAACUGUUGAUCGAACUUGGAAUUGAUAUCCAUGCAACGGACAAAAACGGAUGGAAUGCGCUACACUUCCUGUGCGAAUAUAAUUCCAAUGAAAACCUAUUCGACGCGGUCAAAGUUUUAAUUGAACUAGGAAUUGAGAUUAAUUCCAACGGUUAUGACGCGCAAAUUCUCUUACGCAACAGUUACAAAAAAGAAAACUUGGAGGAAAUCAUAAAACUAUUUGAAAAGACAUACGCUGUUAAUGGUUAA